AUGGUAAAACUGGCUGGUCCAACGUUACAGUACGCUUUAAUCACUGAUAGUUACUAUGUAGACAGUCAGAAUGGGGAUAUCAAUCUCUUGAAUACGUAAGUUGAUACUACUUUUACACCUGCCCCUACCCCCUACCCUCUACUGUUCCUAGGUCUACCGUACUCUGACCCGGUAUCUACCGUAUUUUUUUGCGUUUACUGUAUUUUUACCUUAUUUUAGGUACUAGUAUGUACUGUAUCUAGUACGACGUUGAAAAUACAGUAUCAUUUUACGAAAAAUGUUAUAUGUCAUACCUUUUCAGAUGCGUCGGAACCUACUGCAUGGACCACGCCGGCUGCCAACUCUGUAACUUUCCCCCCAACUGCACCUACGGCCAAGACGUCCAAAUCAAUUGUUCGGCCAAUUCGAUCUGCUUAAGCCCUACCAGUGCCAAACUCAUGGCCAAGUGUCGCUUCUGUUGGCAAAUCGACCAAGAUGAACAGGACUGCGAAGAGACCAAACACUGCAUGUCGUGGGACACUAGGCCGGUCAGGACGGCGUGCAGGGCUAAACCCACCGUCUAUUGUAUGGGGAGACGGACGUUCUUUAAGAAUGUUAGGUAAGAAGGGGGGGGGGGUAGGGGUACGUAGUAUGAGUAGACGUUGGUCGUAUUGAUAGGGUAGGGACAGGAGUAGGUAGGAAGGGUAUGGGUUGGAGUUAGGGCACGGGUUAUCACAAAGCUUGCAAUAGAGUAGGUUGGGUAGAAGUAUGAGUAAAGUUAGGGGCAUGGACAAGAGCAGGGUUUGUGGUAGUAGGGGCAGGUUGGAGGUAGAUGCAGGGGUAAGGGUAAAGGUAGGGGUACAUUUUAAACCUACAAAUCGAUUUUCAAGAUUAAAAUUAGUUUUUUGGGUUAGUAACUGAAGUUUUUAGGCUAAAAAAUGUGGCUUUGAAGCUGGAAAAUAUAGGUUGUAAGCCUAAAAACGUAUUUUUAAGUCAACAACUUGAUUGAUGCAGGGACGUCGCUACGAUUUUUCUCUGGGGGGGGGGAGACCCAAAAAAAUUUUUUAACGCUUAAAUGAGUUCUUCAAGACUAAAAAGUCAAUUGCUUUUUACGCUUUUAAAUAAAUUUUUGGGUUAUUAAACAGCGUUUCUCAGCUAAAACUCUGGUUUGUAAGUUUAACAACUUUGUUUCAAGCCUGAAUUUAGGUAUUUGAAUUAAGAACUUGUGUUUUUAAGCCAAAAGUUUCAGUUUUUAAACUUCAAAACCUACUAUUCAAGCCUAAAACUGUAUUUUUUUAAACUUACUUGUUUUUAAAUUCCAGAUGUCGCUGGACAAACGGCUACAGCUGGUCGAAAACCCUCUUCUUAUCGAUAACAUUGGGCGGUUUUGGAGCCGACCGCUUUUACCUAGGUCUAUGGAAGAGUGCCAUCGGAAAGUUGUUUAGCUUUGGAGGCUUGGGCGUAUGGACACUAAUCGAUAUUAUCCUUAUCGCCGUUGGCUAUGUCGGACCGGCUGAUGGGUCAGAGUAUAUUUGAGGAGUGUAUGAGCGUAUCUUUGCUUAUUUUAGGUUAAUUCUUACUUGAGAACGCAUUAAAAUGUAGUUUUUUCACGUAGAAAAGUUGUUAAAAUAGUAGUUGGAGUAAAAACACUAAAAACCUAUGCUAAUAUAAGCAGAAACAGCUUUUUUUUGAUGAAUUUAGGUAAUAUUUUUACUUUUUCUUGAGGAAAUCUUUAAUUAUGACAUUGUAUAUAGCCUUUUAUUUGUUUUUUUUUCUGUUAUGUUGUCCUACUCAAUUCGAUUAUUCUGGGUAUUUGUUUGAUCUCUUUUUUGAGUUUUUUAAAUUUUUUUGCACUGUGCAAGCUUUAAAAAGUAUAAUUUUUAAGGCGCUAGGACAAAUGCGGUUUUUGGACGUUUGCGGAUCUUCGGUUUUUGGACACUUGCGGAUUUUGUACAUUGCGGAUUUUUUAAAGGGGUUUUCUUUAUUUUUUAUUUAAUUUAGUUUUAGUAUGGUACUAAAUGGUACUAAAGUUUAAAUUGGCACUGUCUUAAUAUUUCUUAAUGUUAAAUAGUACUAAAUUUUUAAUCGGUACUGUUUUUAUAUUUUUGGUACUAAAUAGUACUAAAAGCCCAAAAAGGUACUGUUAUGUUAAAACCGUACCAAUUCAAACUUUAGUACAAUUUAGUACCAUAAUACAACUAAAUUAACUAAAAAAUAAAAAAAAACCUUUAAAAAAUCCGCAAAUGUCCAAAAACCGCAUUUGUCCUAGCGCCAUUUUUAAAUUAAUUUUUUUAGUGUUUUUAUCAAUAAAUAAUAUUAAAAUUUCGAAGAUUGUUAUUCAAGACCGCUUUUAAUUAACAGUUCACUUUUGCAGGCUGCGUUUACCAAUUCAUACGAUGAAAGGCGUGUAAAAGUGGAUUUAGAGGAUACAAGGGAGGAGUGAAAAAUAUAAUUUUUUUCUACAAAAUAAGUUGACGUCAUGCAAGGUAGGGUAGCUUAGGGUAAGGUAGGUAUGAGGAACGGACCGCACCAAAUUUUUAGGCCCGGUUCGUUCUUCUUGUCUAGAGCAGGGUGUUGUAGGUAAGGAAGGAUAGGGUAAGGUAAGGUAACAUACUUUAGAGUAGGGUAGGUAAUGGCUGAGUUGGGUAGGGUAAAGUAGGGUAGGGUAUUGUAUAAUAAAAAAUAAAAUUUUUUCUCUGAUAAAAUGGCAGUAAAAUCAUUAUUUUUCGCAUUUUUAGGUCAAAUUUUACCUUUUUCGCGCGAAAAUUUUUAUAUUUUGAUAAGAAAUGACAUUGCAAAUAUCAUGGGUGUUAAGAGAUCUUCCACUUUUCGGCGCCGAAUCUUUUACAAUUUUGUUUUACUGUUUGUUAUUGGUAUCUUUAUAUUGUUUAUCAAAAGGAAUUUGACUGUUUCUUAUAAACAUCAUAAUGAAAAUGGCAGUGUUUCCAAAAAUAGUGGCAGUAAUAGGCUUGGAGAGCUGAAACAAGUGAGGAUAUUACCGGUUGGGGGUAGGUAUUGACUGGUCUUGGACAAAAAGUUUGUUGAAAACUUAAUUUUUUUAUCAUUUUUGGUCAAAAAGUUUAUAGAAAAGUCUAUUUUUUAUUGGUAUUUGGUCGGAAAGCUUAUAGAAAAGUUAAUUUCUUAGCUUAUUUUGGUUUAAAAGUGUAUAGAAAAGACGUUUUUUACAGUCUUGGUCAAAAAAUUUAUAGAAAAGUUGAUUUUUUGCUUGUUUUUGGUCAAAAAGUUCAUGGAUAAGUCUAUUUUCUUGCCGAUUUUGAUCUAAAAGUUCAUAGAAAAGUUGUUUUUUGAACCGAUAUUGGUCGAAAAGUUUGUAGAAAAGUAAAUUUUCGAAAUGUUUCGGUCAAAAAAUUUGUAGAAAAAACCAUUCUUAGCUUUUUUUGAUUAAAAAGUCUGUAGAAAAACUAAUAUUAUUAUUGAUUUAGGUCAAAAAGUUUCAAGAAAAGUAUAUUUUUUUAUCGAUCUUGGUCAAAAAGGUUAUGGAAAAGUCGUUUUUUGAAUCGAUGUUGCUCCGAAAGUUAGUAGAAAAGACAAUUUUUUUACUGAUUUUAAUCUAAAGUUUAUAGAAAAGACAAUUUUUUAUCGCUCUCGGUCAAAAAGUUUCUAGAAUUUCAAUUUUAAAUCGUUUUUUUGUUAUAAGGUCUGCAAAAAAACGGUGUUUCUGAGCUUUUCCGGUCAAAAAGUCCAUAGAACACCAAUUUUUAAGCUUUUUGUUUAACUUUAAAAUAUUUUUUUUAAUUUAAAAAUUUAAAAUUUUUUAAAAUCGACAGUCUCUUCAGGUUCCGACGUUAUUUUCGAUCAACCAUGGUCGAUAACGGAAGUGAAAGUUCAUAAAUCGGUUGAAAACGCUGUCAAUAUUAACAAAACUCAACGUUACAUUGUUAGUACGAUGAGUUAUAGUCAUGGUAAGAAUUGCAAUAUAAUUUUUAAAAUUCAAAAUUUUUUUUUUUAAUUUAAUUAUUUUUCGAAAUUUUUUAAUUAUUUUUUAAAAUUUUUGAAAUUAAAAUUUUUUUUUUUAAAAUUUGUACUGCUUACCUCUAGUCGACGUAUUUUACAUCAAAACCUUCAGGCUUAGGAAACCAGAUGUUCGAGUACGCAGCUCUACAGUACUAUGCUAUGAAACAUGGUGCUAUAUUACUCUUUCCUUCUGAUUGCUUGCUUCGAAGGGCCUUCAAAGCCUUACAGUAUGUUGAGUACGUAGAAGCUGACGAGCUGUACGAUUAUGUGGAGAGGAAUUCUGAAUCUCAUAUAGAAGCCAAGGUGAGUUGGGGUAAGGGUAGGGCAGGGGCGAGCAAGACCAAAUCAAAGAUAGGGUAAGGCCUGGAAAACGAUGUAUGGUAGGGUAGGGUAAGGUAGGGUAGGGUAGGGUAGGGUAGGGUAGGGUAGUUACUUAUAUUGUCUUUCCAGGCUUGUUGUUCAUACCUUCCAGACCUGCCACUUCCAGAUCGAGUCAGUAUAGUUGAUGGUUAUUUCCAAUCAUAUCGAUAUUUUUGGCCUAGCUUUGAUGGUGAAAUUCGAAAAUCUUUUCAAUUUUUAAAUGGCGUUAGAGAAAGAGCUGUUAAUGUCAUCAAGACGUAUAGUAAUGGUACGGUUUAUACUGCCAACCUAUAUAGUAAUGUCAUCAAAAGUAGCCAGAAAUCCUAAAAAAAGUGGUUAAAAAUAGCUUUUAUCGUAUAACUUGUCACCUGCAGGCUGCAAAUACACAAGUUUUAAGUUUUAAAAAAUAAAAAUGGCAAGAACUUUCUUUACAACACAAAAAAUGGCAAGAACUUUCUUUACAAAACAAAAAAUUGCAAGAACUUUCUUUACAAAACAAAAAAUGGCAAGAACUUGCUUUACAAAACAAAAAAUGGCAAGAACUUUCUUUACAACACAAAAAAUGGCAAGAACUUUCUUUACAAAACAAAAAAUUGCAAGAACUUUCUUUACAAAACAAAAAAUGGCAAGAACUUUCUUUACAAAACAAAAAAUGGCAAGAACUUUCUUUACAAAACAAAAAAUUGCAAGAACUUUCUUUACAAAACAAAAAAUGGCAAGAACUUUCUUUACAACACAAAAAAUGGCAAGAACUUUCUUUACAAAAUAAAAAAUGGCAAGAACUUUCUUUACAAAACAAAAAAUGGCAAGAACUUUCUUUACAAAUGGAAAUAUGGCAAAAACUUUCUUUACAAACUGUAAAAUUUGUUUUUUUUUCUAUUUUAGUCUGGCCAAAUGCUCACUUUUUCAGGCCGAACCACAGUCGGAGUGCAUGUUAGACACGGGGUUGAUAUCACCUGGCAUUCGCGAAACCUACAGCACGGCCAUCUGAGUGCACCGGUCGAUUAUUACCAACGUGCCUUCAGUACAAUCGAAGAACAGUACGGACAGGUGGUAUACCUGGUAGUUAGCGACAAUAUCAGCUGGGCCAAGAGGAAUCUGCCAGACGGGAAUCGUGAGUGCCCUGCCCUUGCCCUGCCAUACUCUAUCCUACCCUACCCUACCCUACCCUACCCUACCCUACCCUACCCUACCCUACCCUACCUUACCCCACCCUACCCUACCCUACCCUACCCUACCCUACCUUACCCUACCCUACUUUACGCAACCCUACCCUACCUUUCCUUAUCUUACAGUAAUCUUACCCUACCCCGUAAAAAGCCCUGUUCUACCCUACCCAACUUUUUUUUGUGAACCAGUCGUCUUUAAAAUACAUUUCUUUCCAGGUACUCUCUACUUCAUCGAAAACACUGACCGUGAAGUCGACCUAGCCAUCUUAUCAUACUGUAAUCAUACGAUAAUAUCAACUGGCACAUUCUCAUGGUGGGGUGCCUAUCUAGCCAAUGGUACCACUUUGUACUACAAAGAUUGGCCCAAAAAAGGGUCACAAUUGGAGAAAAUGGUCGAUAAACGGUCGUAUUUUAUACCGACUUGGAAGGAACUUUAA